UAUCUUCGCUUGGUGACAUCCUCCCCUCCUUCUGAAGCAACGACACAAUGACCAAGUCCUUCGUCUUCGUCACGGGCAACGCCAACAAGCUGCGCGAGGUGCAGCAGAUCCUCCAGGCGGGCGACAGCGGCAUCAGCUGCACGUCGCAGUCGGUCGACGUGCCCGAGCUGCAGGGCACGACGCAGGAGGUCGCCAUCGCCAAGGUCAAGGCUGCCGCCGAGAAGAUUGGCGGGCCAUGCGUGACCGAGGACACGGCGCUGUGCUUUGACGCGCUCAACGGGCUGCCGGGGCCCUACAUCAAGGACUUUAUGGGUGCUGUCGGCCACGAUGGCCUCAACAAGAUGCUCGUUGGGUUCAACAACACCAAGGCGACCGCGCUCUGCACGUUUGCGUACUCUGCCGGCCCUGGAUCCGAGCCCAUCCUCUUCGAGGGCAGGACAGAGGGCAACAUUGUGCCGGCGCGCGGAGGGCCCGGCUUCGGCUGGGACCCGACGUUCCAGCCCGUCGAGAGCAACGGACUCACGUACGCUGAGAUGCGGGCCGAGGACAAGAACAAGAUCUCGCACAGGUACCGCGCGCUCGAGAAGCUCAAGACGUAUCUCCAGGCGCAGGCGUAGAGCAUAG